AUGGCUAUUGAGCAAAAGGUUGUCACUGUCUUCGGAGCGACUGGACUGCAAGGCAAUUCUGUUGUCCGUGCACUACUAAGAGAUCAAGUUUCCAACUUUCGAGUUCGAGCGAUAACCCGAGAUCCUGGAUCUGAGAAGAGCCAAACGCUGCAGAAGCUCGGUGUCGAAGUCAUCAAAGGAGAUGGAUGGAGCAAGGAUGAUAUGUGCAAAGCAUUCUCUGGUUCGUGGGGGGCGUUCGUGAAUACCAACUCUGACGAUCCAAUAUUUAGCAACCCGAACGUGCCUACUGAAUUCGAUCUCGGGAAGACCAUUGUUGAUGGCAUGGUUGCCGCAGGAGUCAAGAGCCUCGUCAUCAGUUCAAUGAGACCAGCCGGGGAGGCAACCGCAGGGAAGAUGAAAAUCAAAACGAUGGACAUGAAAGCUGCUAUUGCUGAAUAUGCCCAAAAGACGGAUCAUUUUGAAACAAUUUCUUUCAUCCACGCAGGCUGGUAUUUUGAGUUAUUUCUGUCAGAGAUAAUGGCUAAGGUCCACCAAGGAUUCCCAUACUUUCCUGAUGCAGAUGGGUAUCUAAAUCUCGUUAUGCCAAAGUGGGGAAAUGACAGCGGUGCGCCCUUCAUCGCGAUUGAGGAUGAUUUUGGCGACCUUGUCCAUGGAAUCAUGCUUGAUCCAAUGCGCUGGAAUGGGAAGAUAAUUCAGGCAGUAAGCGAUAUUCAAUCUCUUCCUCGGUUUGUCCAAAUAUUCUCCGAAUACACUGGCAAGAAGGCACGAUAUGUCCCACUUCCAUCCUGGAAGAAUCUCGGCGAAGGUAUUCCUGAAAUGGAGGAUGGUAGGUUGCUCUUCGCCUUUGGCGAGGCGACCAACGGCCGGUACUUCGGAGAGGACUCCUGCACGGAUAUACCCAUGGAAUUGAAAAAGCUGGCAUUUGCAGCACAAGGAAAAGCUACAUCCGGCGCAAAAUUGGCAUCCCUAGGCCCAUGGUUUUCUAAAAACUUUGGAACACAGUAG